AUGUAUAAUAAUAGCAUCGCAUAAUAAGAUUAACAUUCAGUUUAAGUACCUUUACUCAACUAAGAAUAUUAGGUUUAGAACCAAUAAAAUAACUAUCUUUCUUACAACUAAUUAUAAGUCUAAAAUGAUUAGUAAAACCAAAACAAUCGUUAGAAUUAAAUUAUCAAUUUCUCAAACGGAUAAGAAAUGAUAGACCCAGACUUCCUCUAUUGCAAAUAAAGUAUGAUAAAUAAAAGUUGUAAUGAUAAAAGAAGAUAAGUUGAAAAAUUAUCUACUUUACUUUCACAAGUCCUAUCUUAACUACCACUUAGUUUCACCUCUAUAUAACUAAUUGGCAAAGCAAAUAUUUACUCGGGACUAUACUGCGAAGAAAAAAUAAUCAAACCACUGAUUGCUGAGAAUACUCAUGUAAAUGAGUUUUUAAUAAGAAAUGGAUAUGUUGUGAACUGCUGCAAUAUACUAUGUUCCACAAUUAAGUCUUAAUCUUUUAUUGCUGUUGCUAUUUUGCUUUCUACGCUUCUUUAUUAAUCUUUGCUCGAUUUCAUUUAUUUUAAUAAUACUUACUCUCAUAUUAAUAGCAUCGAUUCUUUACGUGUCUUACAUUUUGAGUAUAAUUAACUAAUUAUUAGUCUCGGUUGA